AUGGUUAGCUGGGACCUGGAGACUCCAAACGGGGCAGCCACCGUCCCGGGCGGGGCCCUGUGGGAUCGUUCGCACCAAAGAGCCCUGCUCGAGGGGGGAGUGAGAAACAGAAAUAACAAGGGCAAGCACAUUUUCCACCAAGGAGGCUGGACGUCUGCCUCCCUCCGCAGCCCGCUCGCCUCCCCUUCCGAGCCAGCCAGCUCCUGCAGCACCCCUGCACCCCACCACCCCCGGCCCCCUGCCAAGGGCAAGGUGAGGCUGAGAGCAGCGUGGCACCUGUCAGCACCAGAGCCAGGCCCGCAGGGCUCCGGACACACGCGCCACUGCCCCCGCGGCCUCCCGGGGUCCUGGCUGAGGCUGGGGCUUGGUGACACCAUCGGAGGUCCCUCCUGGGAACAGAGGCCCUGA